AUGCAGCCGACACAGCAUCGUGCCUCUUCACGUACAAUUCGGCCGAGCCGGUGGGAACCCUUUGUGGCCUGGCUGCAGACCCUCGAGUUCCUCCCUCGCUGGACAGCCACGCUGGAGACGUCCCUGCGAUCUGGUCUUAAGGACCGCCUCCAUCUGCAUGUCUUCAUGGAGUUCAAUAAGGCAGUUGAUUGGACGGGCCUUCGCGCCGUCACUUUCAACGGCAUUCGACCCAAUGCGCAAGCCACAGCAGGUCGAGGGGCAAAGAUGAGGGAAUUGAAAAACCACGGUCAUUUCUACGUCUUUGCGGACAAGGUCGGGACCUUGAAGGUAGCCACAUCUGGGUAUGAACCGUGGAAAGAUUAUCCAGUCAAAGGCCGGUCUCAAGUGCGGCUUGGCUUCCUGGGACGCUUGAAGCAAGUCGAAACUGUUCGUUUUCACGAGCGCCUCGGCGAACGCCAGGCCCAGCAGAUAGCAACGGAGCAAAGGCUCCAGGCGUUGAAGCGACCCUUCCGGCCAGAAGUCUUGGCAGCUCUGCAGCCCUGGGCCGCGCAGUACAGCACGGACCAGCUGCGCUACAAGUUCCUGGUCUUGCGGGGGGGAUCUCACGGCUACAUUCUGUUUGACAAUGUGAAUGACAUGCAGUUUGUGCUGGACCAUCGAGCCUUGGUGCAGUCCAACAACUCCGUGCACAGACUGGGCCGUGUGUGGCUCUUUAAAGUCCCGACAGUCGUGACCGUGGAUGACAGUGCUGUCUGGGAUUCGAACGAGCCAUGGAUCCACGAAAAUAUGUUUGAGCUCAUCUUGCAUGGGCCAUGCUACGAGUGA